AGCGGUAAAGGUGCGUGCUGUUGCUUGAACGCUCAGGCCACCUUCGCUGUGGAUCAGAGAAAACAUGGGGAAGCUGCAGGAGUUUGAGAUCGCGUUUGACAAAAAUAAAGUGGUCUACAGUCCGGGAGAAUCUAUCUGUGGAACCGUGACUAUCAAAGUGGGCCAGCCGCUGCAGUGUAAAGCCAUCAAAGUGAACUGUAAUGGUUUCUGUGGCAUCACCAGUAAGGUAAACGACACAGCAUGGACAGUGGAGGAGCAGUACUUCAACACCACCCUCUCUGUUGCAGACAAAGGAACUCUGAAACAGGGAGAACACACUUUCCCCUUCAAGUUUCUCAUACCAGCCACUGCUCCAACAUCUUUUGAAGGCAACUAUGGCAGGAUCAUUUACAGAGUGAGGGCUUUUUUUGACACACCGCGAUUUGCCAAGGACUACAGCACAGAGAAAGCUUUCUACCUGCUAAGCCUUCUCAACCUGAAUGAAGUACCAGAUAUAUGGGAUAUCAGUUCAUCUGCAGUGACCCAGCAGUUCACUUACAUGCUAGUGAAAACAGGCACAAUGGUCCUGAAGGCCCACACUGACAUGAAGGGCUACACAACAGGCCAGAUAAUCCAGGUGACGGCCAACAUACACAACCAGUCUGGGAAGACCACAGGCAACAUGGCAGCCAGCCUGGUGCAGAGAGUGACCUAUGAGACGAAGAAGCCCACCCACGAUGUGAGGACGAUAGCAGAGGUGGAGGGAGGCGUGGUGAAGGCCGGCAAGGAGGUGGAGUGGAAGGAGCAGAUCAUUGUUCCUCCUCUCCCUCAGUCCUCCCUUGCUGGUUGUGAGCUUAUAAAGAUUGAAUAUUAUGUCAAAGUCAAUCUGAAGUCUCCUGACGUCCAGCUUACAUUACCCAUCCACAUCGGUAAUGUCUCACUCGACAAAAAACUGCGUCCUUCCAAAAAAGCAGCCCCUCCCUCCACUGAAGAUGCACCAACCUCUACUUCUACACCAGACACCUCUGCCUCUGCCUCCACGCCCACACUGCCCCCUCGCCCUGCCCCAAAGCCUGCUCCCCGUCCCGCCCCUCGCUCCAGGAUGUCCUCCCACAACUCCCCCAGUGCUCCUCCAGCUGAGGACCACUUGGGGGCAGAGGGUGGGACCCAGAUGAAUGAUGACCUUCCCAACAAGCGUCAGUCUCAGCUGGUGUCACCCAAUGCUUUCAGCUAUGCUCCAGGUCUCUUUUUCUCCCAGAGCCAGCUGCCCAGUGGGCCUGCCACUGUCCCCAGCGGGCCUUCUUUCAGUGGCUCUGCAGGGGCAACAACCCUUUACCCUCCUCUUAACACCGCCAAUUCAAUGCCAGCACCACUCAUCGUGCCUCCCAACUACGACACUUCUGCUUAUCCACAAGAGGCUCCUCCUUCUUAUGAUGAGAGUUGCAACACAUGAGGUGGAUGAAGAAGCAGAAUCCAGAACGGCAAUCAAUUCACUGAUAUCCAAGAAAAUGUUGACUAUUAUUGAAACUGCAAUUUAUGUAUCAAGUUGUUGCAUUUCCAAAAUAGGAGUCCUGCUAUUUUAAAAAGCUGAAAGCAACGUAGAUAGAGUCACUGCAAGACAGAGGCCUAAUGUCACCUGGUGUGAGAAAGCUGGUGUUAGGCCACCUCUUUUUGUGUAUAUUUCAGACUUUCUUAGUGUAAGAGAAUCAGCAUUUUGAUUGGAAAUUAGUUUGAAUUGACCUCUAGCUCUGUUUCCCGCUCAACAAAUAUCUUCACUUGUCUAACUGGAGGUCUUCUCUCCUCCAAACCAACUGCAGCCAAUCAGCAGUCUUUUUAACGUUAUGUUUUGUUGUACGUGUCAGCACUUUGAAUAAAAUGAAAGAGAAACAUAAUUUUAUUUACUAUUCUGUUUGCAGUGAACAGGAGUUAAGUUUUUAGUUGUGUUUAAAAAUCUCUUUGAUGGCAUCUGUGAUGUCAAGAUUUACAGUUAUAUGUAUGAAACAAACCAUCUCAUGCAUAAUUUAGUCUGAUGUCUUUACUUGUUCCUGACGAUUUUGUAGUGCGAACGGCUGAAGUCAUCUUUUCUGGUUAAAAAUCUUUUUAAUUUUCUUCUGGCUAGUGUUCAGUGUAAUGAUGGUCGUGAACAAUCCAGACAUUACUGUAGCAUGUUGUCUACAUAGAGCUUUGUAAGGACAAGUGUGAUCCAGUUAGCUUCUUAUGAUUUUUACCAUGUUUGAUCAUUUGUUACUUUGAUAUCCUGUGUGUAAUGACUGCAGGCUUCGUCCAGAAAUUGUGUUUUGUAUUCUUUUACUUCCACUGCUGAAUGUAUGUUGGUUUUGUACCUGCCAACUAAUUUCUAAAUCUGAUGUCUUUAAAUAGUUAUACAGUAAGGCAGGUCACCCUGACUUGAGGUUUUAUUCAGCUCGACUGACUGGAUUUCACAUCAUAGUCAUAGUUUGUGAAUAAUGUUUGUAUCUAUAUUUAUGCAUAAUUGUCAGUGUCUUCCAGCUGUUGCCUGGAUUUUUAAUAAAUCUGUUAAAACCAUAAAA